AUGAUCAAGGAGUUCAUGCCGCCCGAGCUGAGGCUGGCCGGGGACGCCACGGACAUGCUGAUCGAGUGCUGCACGGAGUUUGUGAGCCUGGUGUCUUCGGAGUCCAACGAGGUGUCCACCGAGGAGAAGCGCAACACAAUAUACCCGGAGCACGUGAUCCGCGCCCUCCGCGCUCUGGGCUUCCAGGAGUUCGUGCCCGACGUGACGGCCGCAUGGGAGCACUGGAAGCAGGGGAACAAGUGUGGACAGCGCAAUGGUGGGAAGAAGUCAGCGGCUGAUGCUGCCGGGUUAACAGAGGAGGAACAGAUCGAGCUCCAGCAGCAGCUGUUUGCCGCCGCGCGGGCGCGCUCCUUCCAGCUGCCAGACCCGCCCGCGAGUGCACCCUCAACCAGCCAGGCGUCAGGAAUGCAGCCCUCCCGAACUGGUAGCUCCUCCCAAGGACAGCCCUCCUCCUCCACGGCGCCGGCCGCCCAGCCCAUGGCAAGGACCGCAUCAAGAACUGCAUCAAACGCAACACAGUUGGCACAGGGCCAAGCGCUACAUCCAUCAUCUUCUCCUCAGGCAAGCAUGGCUAUGCCGCGCCUCGGGCUGCCGCCGCCCUCCGCCUCAUCCGGCACCCUGUCUGUCAACCAUGCGCCUUCCCAAUCCGCCUCAAUGAAGGCCAAAGUACUGGAGGAGGGAGCGAGGGCCAUGCAGGGAUCGGCCAUUGUCGCCUCGGGAUCCGGUGACGCGACAGAGGUGCCCGUACCCGUGCCAGCAGGCUACAGGUUGGUGCCACAGCCGCCCCAGCAGCCCCAGCAGCCUGUGUUUGUUGUGCAGCAGCCGGUGGUGGAGGCCUCGGGUCAGGAGUACCGCCCUGAGCAGCAUGAGGUGCAACUGGACUGGCAGCAGAUAAAUGGCCAGGUCGUGAUGCUCCAGGAUGGGACGCUGGUGUCCCUGCAGGAUUUGCUGCUCCACGUCGCCCAGGCCCAGGCCGCAGGCACAUCAGAUGCGGUGCCGGAAGCUCGCACUGCCGCUCCAGCUGGCCCCCCCCCGCGGCAGCAGGCAGUCUCCCAACCUUUGCAGCAGCCCCAGACAAGGGGACAGCACCCGCUCCUCCUGACGCCCACGGUGGAUCAGCCCGGCUCACAGCUGGCCUCCGGGCGAUCUCCAUGCCACCUCACAGGGUGCGGUGCUCGUGGCGCUGCAGCAGCCCGUCGAUAG